AGAAUCCACCCUUUCGACAGUUACAGUUUGGGCUGGACCCACCGAGAGUGAUAGACCACGUCUUCACAUUAGGGAAAAGAACGAAAAUAAUUUAGAUACGUGUAAAAGACUUUUUGUUUUUAUUUAUUUAACAAAAGUUUAAGAAGUGAAGAAGAAGAAAUAAUUUUAAAAGAAGUUUUCCACGCGAGAAACUCGAGGAGAAAACAAAGACGGGUGUUUUUUUUUUUUAGAUAUUUAUUUUUAUUUUAUUUUAUUUGUAUUUGUUUACACUUCGGGAAAACACCGUUUAAAUAGUUACAGAAAAGAAACAUUCAAGCAUGUGCAAGAUAUUAAAAGUGUUCCAAGCUGGGAUACUGACGUGUUUUUUAGGAGGAUGGGUCUUUUGCAGCGGAACGGCAAAAGCGAAUGAAAACUUUGCACCUGAGGGCUGGCUGCAGCAGUAUGGCUACCUGCCUCCGGGUGACCUGCGCACCCACACUGUGCGCUCUGAGCAGACCAUCUCCUCGGCCAUCGCAGACAUGCAGCGCUUCUACGGGCUCCGAGUCACCGGCACGAUUGACCCCAAGACCAUCCAAGCAAUGCAGCGCCCGCGGUGCGGCGUUCCUGAUAAAUUCGGCUCAGAAUUGAAAACCAACUUGCGGCGGAAACGCUACGCCAUCCAGGGGCUGAAGUGGAACCACAAUGAAAUCACCUUCUGUAUUCAGAACUAUACUCCCAAGGUAGGGGAGUAUGAGACGUUUGAAGCAAUCCGCCGUGCGUUCAAAGUGUGGGAGCGUGUGAUCCCGCUGCGCUUCAGAGAGAUCCCCUAUCACCUGAUCAGGGACAAGCACGAGACGUUUGCUGACAUCAUGCUGAUGUUCGCCGACGGUUUCCAUGGGGACAGCACCCCCUUCGACGGUGAGGGGGGCUUCCUGGCACACGCUUACUUCCCUGGCCAGGGCAUAGGGGGCGACACUCACUUUGACGCCUCCGAACCGUGGACUGUCGGGAACUCUGACCUUUCUGGUAACGACGUGUUCCUGGUAGCGGUUCAUGAGCUAGGCCACGCCCUCGGCCUAGAACAUUCCAAUGACCCCUCUGCGAUCAUGGCGCCUUUCUACCAGUGGAUGGAUACGGAGAACUUCGAACUGCCUGAUGAUGACCGCAGAGGCAUCCAACAGCUGUACAGUAACUCAGCGUUCCCAGCACCCACCGUCCCCCCGAGGAAGCCUGACACCACCACCACCACCCGGCGCCCCCAUGUCCCCAGGACCCCCGGCAAACCCAACGGACCCCCAUACGGACCCAGCGUGUGCGAGGGUGGCUUCGAUACCAUCGCUGUGCUGCGCGGGGAAAUGUUCGUCUUCAAGAACAAAUGGUUUUGGCGUGUUCGUAAUAACCGCGUGAUGGACGGCUACCCCCUGCCAAUCGGUCACUUCUGGAGAGGCCUACCCGCCUCCAUUGACAGUGCCUAUGAGAGGAAGGAUGGCAAGUUUGUCUUCUUCAAGGGUGACAAGCACUGGGUGUUCUCUGAGGCCAGUCUGGAGCAGGGCUAUCCCAAGAACAUCCGAGAGUUAGGAAAGGGGCUGCCCAAGGACAGGAUUGAUGCAGCGCUGUUCUGGCUGCCCAACGGAAAGACCUACUUCUUCAGGGCAGACAAAUACUACCGCUUCAAUGAGGAAAUGAAGUCUGUGGAUUCGGACUAUCCCAAACCCAUCAGUGUUUGGGAAGGAAUUCCGGAUUCUCCCAAAGGAACAUUUAUGGGAAGCAAUGGAGUGUACACCUACUUCUACAAGGGAAACCGCUACUGGAAAUUCAACAACCAGAAGCUGAAGGUGGAGCCAGGCUACCCCAAGUCAGUGCUGCGAGACUGGAUGGGCUGCGAUGGCGACGGGGAGUACGACGAGAGCCCUGACGGCGGGGAGACAGAGGUGAUCAUCAUCGAGGUGGAGGAAUCGGACCGUGGGGUGGACGCAGCGGCCAUCGUCAUCCCCGUCCUCCUCUUGAUCUGCGUGCUCCUCACCCUGGGAGCCGUAAUCUUCUUCAAGCGCUAUGGGACACCCCGCCGCCUGCUCUACUGCCAGAGAUCCUUGCUGGACAAGGUUUGAGACGAAAAUCAACGCAGCUGGCUAGGUUAAAGGGCUGUAGCAUGUCUGAAUCUCUUUCUCCUGCUUUCUCAACCCCCAAUAAUUUACACAUCCUUCCAUAUUUUGUAGUCUAAACAUAAAUCUGUAGGGGUGUUGUUUGAACGUUUAAACAUUUUUCCAAGUGUGUUACUUUUAACCAUUGUUGAAUGUAGUCUCAUCACAUUAAUGUUGUGUAUCUUGAAAAGUAAAAGCACUUCUGACCAUUGUCAAAGAUAGGUGUCUAUUGGAGAGCUGCAGUGUUUGUGGAGUAGGGUGUGCGCAGUGUAAGACUACUUAUUCUAGGUCUUUUCCAUACACACUUUAAUGUUGUGCGCAUGUAGCCCGUCAUAUUAAAGUUGUAGACCAUCAUAAAAUAGCAACAUCACUAUAACGUAGAGAUUCAUAUGAUGGCUUUUUUGAUUUGACAUCCCCAAUAUGUUGAAACGUUCAAAUGCGUUUAGGUUUAGGAGAUUAAUUGGAAAUGAACACCCCUACAUCAGUGUAGUGUAUUACAGGCUCACAGUGGGCUGUAUUUUUUUAAUUGUCUGUGUAAGAAACAACAGGUGGUGUAUCGCUUGAAAACCGGAAUGCUUAUUAAAGAAGGGAAUUCUCAUACCCUCUUUGUCUCUUUUUCCCCCGCUUUUUUUAAAUUCCCCUAUUUUAGAUUCAUCAGUGAAUACGAUUUUUGAAUCUUGAAUCUGUACAAUGUGUUGUUGUAUUUUAUUUUGUGUGUGUGGUUUUUUCCCCCAGAAUUUAACAUAUAGAAAAUGAAAAAAAAAUGUUAAUUUUUUUAUUUUUUUUUUUAAGGAUUAAUUUUAUUUUAUAUUUGGUAAAAAAAUAUAUACUUUUGCUUGUUUGUUCUGAGCAUGCCUAUUACUUUCUUUUUUCCGUCCUUUUGUUUUCACUUGAUGAUGCAGCUCAAUAGAUUGCUGCUUUUUUAUUUUAGGAUUAAACUUUUAUUUUUUUUACUUUUGAUUGGUUUCAACGGGAAGGGAUUUGACCAACAAUUCAUUCAUGUGGUGCUGUUUCUCCAGCCUCUCAUUCCUGCUUUCCUCUAGAGGCCUGGCUUCCAGUUUGGGGGGUGGGCGUGCAUGUAACAGACAGACAGCGGACUAAUUCAUUCACCUGCUUGUCAUUCCUGCCUUUCGCCUUCCUCUGGAUGUCUGGGUUCCAUUUCAAUACAUUGCAAGAAAUGAAAAAAGACUUCGAGUCAAAACGUUUGUCAUUGAAUUUGUUACGUUUCUUUUAGUAUUUCUAAAUUCAGCACUAUUGAGUGUUUCAUAGUUACAGAUGUUUGGGGAGACUUGAUCAAAGUUAGCCCAAUAAAGUUAAGGGAAGUUUUUAAAGCUGAUUCAGUUUGAGUGUCGACAGAGUUAAUUACACAGAGUGGUGAGGGUACUGAAUGGGUUACCAAGGGUCACCGAGCCAUGUUGUUGAUGUUGAAUCAUUGGGAUCCUUUUAUUCUGGGAUGAAAUCAGCUACUAAGAACCGGAAGAACAUUAUAGGCUGAAUGGUCUACUCUUGCUUGUAAAUUUAAUUAACUUUCCCCUUAAAACGCUGAAUCUAUUUCUGCCUACAUUUGUCUUCUGUUAUUGCAGAUUAAAAUAAAAAUGUAUCUCCUUUUUAAAAAAUAAAAAAAAAUUUAAAAAAUAAUAAAAACACACUUUACAACAGACAAGACACUGGGGAGGGCUGUGGGAUUUAACAUUUAUUAUUUUAUAUUAAUAAAAGCUUUUUUCUUUUUCUUUUUUUUCUUUCUUUUGAAGUUUGGUUGUUUUUUUAUUUUAUUUGAACUGUUAACUACACCUGCAGGACAGGGCUGGCUAUUAGCAUUUUUGUACUAUUAUAAUUAUGUUAUUAAAAAAUACAAAAAAAAAAACAAACCUUCUGUUUGUGUGUAUAUAUAUAUAUAUAUUACACACAAAUAUGUACAAAUUUCAAUCAACCAAAUUGAGACCAAAGUGACAGGACGUGUGAAGAGAUUUAAAAAAAAAAUUCCAAAUGAGCAGACAGAUUUAACAGAUUAAAUGAUUGGUCUAAUUUUUAAAUGCUUCAAGAUGGAAAGGGUUUUAGUUAAGUAAUGUUAAGUUAAAUGGGGAUAAUUCAGUCAUUCUUGCAUUUCUAUUUAGGGUUCCAUUCUGGGGGGGGGGGGGGGGGGCUAGGUGGUGCAGACAGUCAGUGUGCUAAUUAAUUAAUUCAAUAGCCUCUCCAAUCUGACUGCCCAAAGAAAGACAGACCUCAAAACAAACCCAUUUAAAUAGUCAGGUAAAUACAAAAUAGAAAGAAACCCAGAAAACCUCAAUUUAGUUAAACUAGGAAUUGUAUCCUUUUGUGAACAAAGAAAAAAAAGCAUCUGUGGUCGAUAAUUAAGUGGAGUGGUAUCUCUAAUGAAAUGGUCUGGAGCUUGAUGGGGUGAAUCAUAGAUUUAGAAUGCAGUAUUUAUAUAGAAUGCUACAAAUAUGAAGUCACUACCUCAAAUGGCCUCAGAUGUUUGGCCAUUUUGUGAAUGUUUGACUUUAUAUGGUGUGAUCCGAGAUUUUACCAUUUCUCAUGACAAAACAAAGAGAGCUUUGGUGGAGCAGCGUGAGGAUCAAUGAAUGUUUCAUUGAGGCUUGGCAAAAUAAAAGCCAUGGCCAGCAGUAACCUAUUUAAUAGAUCGAUUGCUGCAUCUAGUCUUGAGUGUAAACAGUACAGUUUUUCACAGGCUAGAUGAAAUAGCUUCAUAAAAGUAAGAGCCAGCGUCAUCAGUGAACAGCUAAUUUCCUGUUGUAUUGCUGGCAAUACACAGAUGUUCACUAGAGGGUGCUGGCGUUACUAAUAUCAAGACACAUGGGCUGAUCUAGCCAACAUUACAUAUGUCUAUGGCAGGCAACCAGAACUGAAGAGAUGAACUCAGAUAAAAGCACCUUAACACAGACUUAUAAAAAAAACACUAACAGGUAGCCCUGUGACACAUCGGAACGUUAUUGUAAGCCAUAAGAAUGCUGGCAUUCAUUACUGCAGACUAUCUUCCAUAACUAUUCAUAGUGCUGAAUUUAGAAAUGCUGAAGAAACUAAAAUUCAAUGACGAACGUUUCGGAUAGAAAUAUUUUUCAGUGUUGAGGAUUUCUAGUUUAAACGUUUUUUGUCACAGAAUUUGUUUCUUUUAGCGUUUUUAGACUGCAAAAUAGCAACAUCUAACCAUUCACAUUCAUCUACAGUCUCAAGAGAUACGUUGAUGUAUGCUACUGGUCCUACUGUUUCUCCUCAUAGACCCCAAUGUUAAAGCCAGGCUGUUUCUCAUCCCAUAGACCCCAAUAUUAAAGCCAGGCUGUUUCUCAUCCCAUAGACCCCAAUGUUAAAGCCAGGCUGUUUCUCAACCCAUAGACCCCAAUGUUAAAACCAGACUGUUUCUCAUCCCAUAGACCCCAAUGUUAAAGCCAGGCUGUUUCUCAUCUCAUAGACCUCAAUGUUAAAGCCAGACUGUUUCUCAUCUCAUAGACCCCAAUGUUAAAGCCAGGCUGCCCUAUAGACAAGUUUCAAGUUACAAUGCUACACAAAAUAAAUUGUAAUUAUUUAAGACUUUAAAAAUUAUCACACAUCAAGGUUCUGGCCUUGAUAUUAAGGUCUUCAAAAAACAAAAACUAAUUGAAGUGUCCGUUAAUACAUUUAAAAUGUUAUUUGAUUAAAAAUACUAAACAUUCCAUAAAUUUGUUUUUUACGUUAAUAAUUUGUUGUUGACCUGAAUUAAAUAUUUAUUUUAAUUUUUUAUGGGUUAUUGCUUAUUUUCUUCAUUGUUUUUCUGGCUUAUUUUGUGAAUUUAUAAAUAAACGCAGUCUGUAUAAGUGUCA